AUGCUACUACGGACCAUUUCGGCCGCCACCGCCGGCGCCGAGACAAGCGUCGGAGUGAUAAACAAGAACAACUUCUUCGAUCUCUUCAAAAGAUCAACUUCUCUCUCUCACCUUACUCAGACCCAUGCUCAGAUCAUUCUCCAUGGCUUCCGAUACGACAUCUCAUUGCUCACCAAGCUUACCCAGCGACUCUCCGACCUCGGUGCCAUUUACUACGCACGAGACAUCUUCCUCUCCGUUCAGAGACCUGACGUUUUCCUCUUCAACGUCCUCAUGCGUGGUUUCUCCAAUAAUGAAUCACCUCACACUUCGCUUUCUGUUUUUGCCCAACUAAGAAAAUCCACUGAUCUCAAACCCAAUAGCGCCACCUACACUUAUGCUAUCUCCGCUGCUUCGGGUUUUCGUGACGCGAGAGCUGGCCGUGUGAUUCAUGGUCAAGCGGUCGUUGAUGGGUUUGACUCGGAAUUACAUGUUGGGUCGAAUAUCGUUAAGAUGUACUUCAAGUUUUCUCGAGUCGAUGAUGCUAGGAAGGUGUUCGAUAGAAUGCCUGAGAAAGACGCGGUUUUGUGGAAUACCAUGUUAUCUGGGUACCGAGAGAAUGAAAUGUAUGAAGAAUCUAUACAGGUUUUCAGAGAUCUGAUCAAGGAGAGCUGUACCCGUUUGGACUCAACAACUGUGUUAAAUAUUCUUCCUGUUAUUGCAGAGUUACAGGAGCUGAGACUCGGGAUGCAAAUCCAUAGUCUUGCGACGAAAACAGGAUCCUACUCACACGAUUUUGUUCUUACCGGUUUUGUCUCAUUGUACUCAAAGUGUGGAAAGAUUGAUGUGUUAAGUACUCUGUUUCGAGAGUUUUGUAUACCAGAUGUUGUAGCUUACAACGCAAUGAUUCACGGGUACACAUCAAAUGGCGAGACUGAGCUUUCCUUGAGGCUAUUUAAAGAGAUGAUGUUAUCAGGAGCAAGGUUGAACUCAAGCACGCUGGUGAGUCUGAUCCCUGUCUCUGGUCAUCUUAUGCUUAUAUAUGGCAUUCAUGGUUACAGCCUGAAAUCGAAUUUCCUGUCUCACGCAUCUGUCUCGACUGCUUUAACCACGGUUUACAGUAAAUCGAAUGAGAUAGAAUCAGCGCGGAAGAUUUUUGAUGAAUCUCCGGACAAAAGCUUGGCAUCUUGGAAUGCAAUGAUCUCGGGUUAUACCCAAAACGGGUUGACAAAUGAUGCGAUAUCUCUAUUUAGAGAAAUGCAGAAGUCUAUGUUUAGUCCAAACCCGAUCACAAUAACUUGUAUUUUAUCGGCUUGUGCGCAGUUAGGAACGUUGAGUUUGGGGAAAUGGGUACAUGGUUUAGUAAGGAGUACAGAUAUUGAGUCUAGCAUAUAUGUGUCUACAGCUUUGAUUGGUAUGUAUGCCAAGUGUGGAAGCAUUGCAGAAGCACGCCGGUUGUUUGACUUGAUGCCAAAGAAGAAUGAAGUUACAUGGAACACGAUGAUUUCAGGUUAUGGCCUCCAUGGACAUGGACAUGAAGCUCUGGAUAUCUUCUCUGAGAUGUUGAGUUCCGGCAUUGCACCAACGCCAGUCACUUUCCUCUGCAUUCUUUACGCUUGUAGUCAUGCUGGCCUGGUCAAAGAAGGUGAUGAGAUAUUCAAUUCCAUGAUCCACCAGUAUGGUUUUGAACCAUCAGAUAAGCAUUACGCCUGUAUGGUUGAUAUUCUUGGUCGAGCAGGACACUUGCAGAGAGCAAUGCAGUUUAUAGAGGCAAUGCCGGGUGAGCCAGAUCCUUCCGUGUGGCAAACACUGCUGGGAGCUUGUAGGAUUCACAAAGACACAAACCUUGCCCGUACUGUCUCUGAGAAACUGUUUGAGCUAGAUCCAGACAAUGUAGGAUACCAUGUUUUGCUGUCGAAUAUUCACUCAGCUGAUAGGAAUUAUCCACAGGCUGCUACGGUCAGACAAACCGCAAAAAACCGGAAACUAGCCAAGGCUCCUGGGUAUACCUUAAUAGAAAUAGGUGAGACUCCUCAUGUCUUUACAUCAGGUGAUCAGUCACAUCCGCAGGCAAAAGCAAUCUAUGAGAAGCUGGAGAAGCUCGAAGGGAAAAUGAGGGAAGCUGGGUAUCAACCCGAGACUGAGUUGGCCUUGCACGACGUGGAGGAAGAAGAAAGGGAGCUGAUGGUAAAGUUUCACAGCGAGAGGCUAGCCAUUGCCUUUGGACUCAUAGCCACUGAACCAGGAACUGAAAUCCGGAUCAUAAAGAAUCUCCGGGUCUGUUUAGACUGUCACACCGUAACUAAACUCAUCUCAAAAAUCACAGAGAGAGUAAUUGUUGUUAGAGACGCCAACCGCUUCCAUCACUUUAAAGAUGGUGUCUGUUCUUGCGGAGAUUACUGGUAG